CCAGCUGCUGCCAGUUGCUUCCAACAGCCCCUACAAAAAGAGCAGAUCGACCAAUGCUGUGCAAUACUGUGAUCAUCUGUCAGAGCUGGUCAGAGCUGCCCUUCGUGCCAUUCACCCUCCCCACUACUACCCUCCUCUUGCUUUAUCUCAGUCACACUCGGUAGAGAAUCCCAGCCUGCAGCAAGUACGGUGCGUUUCGGUGCAGUGCAACUUUCGUCCAGACGAUUCAUUAAGGACAGCCCUUUUGCUGGAAUUGGCAGAAACUUUAGAAACUCCACCGUCGUUUUUCUCCUUCCAUAAAAUUCCGCUUCGCCCGAAUGCGAAAAUCAGUAGCCUGGUCUCUUAUCCUGGAAUAUUUUCCGUACGCCAGUCACACUCGAGUGAGCCUUAGCUCUCCGGUACGUCACGAUGAAAUCAAGUUGAGCCGCGGGUUUCAUUAUUCCGAACAGCUGAGUGAAGACCGUGAACAAUACUGGAUUUUGGUGGACAACGGAUAGCCCGGCGAUACCUCUGAAACACCAGUGACACACCGGCACCUUCGGAAAAACAUCGCAAAGAAGAAUCGUCGCGAGAACCGGCUUCUGUUUUCAUUGAAGGAUCAUCGCAGCGACGGGAGUGUCAAGUAGACGAAUAGCAACACACGCCUUAUCAGCUGUUAUCAGCGAUUCUUACACGAACGGACGUUUUUCAUUAAAAAAAAAAUGAAGAUACCAGAUACAAUUAUCAACGACCAUGUAUUUAAGUCAGUUUUUGACAUAAAGGAAUUUAAAAAACUUAAAAAUGAUGAUAUAGAUUACUCGGAUUAUCGCUUUGAAAUCGUAAGAUUGAAUUCUUUCGCCACGUGGUCUGUGUCAUUUAUGGAUCCCAAAAAGCUCGCGGCCGCCGGUUUCUUUUACACUAAAAACAAAGAUGCAGUAAAGUGUUUCGAGUGUCAAAUUACUUUGUCAAGCUGGAUGGAUGGCGAUGAUCCCAAGAUCGAGCACCAACGUUGGUCUGGAAGAUGUAGAUUUAUCCGGAAUAUUCCUUGUGGAAAUGUACCAAUCGGCGCCGAUCCUGCCAAAAUACCUAAACGAGUAGAUGUUUGCGGGCUUUAUGGCCUCAAGUACAUGCACUUUUCUGCUCCGGACAAUGAUCUGCAGGUUGAAAGUGCCACGAAUUCUAACUCCGUAUCUUCUGAUCUGAAUGAAGAUAUUGACAUUGCGGUUUUCUGGGACGCCGAAACGAACAGUUACCUCACGGCCAAGCUCAGCGACGUAUUAGGUUCGAAACAGCCUACAUACGCUUCCUAUGAGCGUAGAUUACGCUCUUUCGCAACAUGUACUAACGAUACGAUAUGUGAGAAAAAAGAAAAAUUGGCUAAAGCUGGUUUCUUUUAUCUUAGCGGCCUUUUUGAAUCUUUUAAUCAAACGAUGUGUUUCUACUGUGGAAAAUCUUUGAGAGCUUGGGAACGGACGGAUGAUCCUGUGGAAGAGCAUAUUAAGUGGUUCCCCGAAUGCGAAUUUAUCAAGAAGAUAUUAGCAAAGAACUUAAAGGAGAAGAAUGAAUUAUGCACGAAACGGACAGAUCACGAGGGUGAGACUCCUACAAAUACUGCGACUACUGUUAAUUUUAUUCAAUCUUUAGAUAUGAACUGUCCUCUUUCACGUCUGGCAAGCGUCUAACGAUAAGGCUGCAUUACAAUAAAGAAGCAUGAAACAUAUUUACAUGUAAAAUAUUGUGCUCAUGUUAUAGACAAUACGUAUGAAAGUCAUUUAGUUAUAACAGAAUUAUAUAUCCAUUUUUUUCAUAAUAAAGAUACAUUUAGACAUGUUAAUCAUCUGAUAUGCUUAAGAACAAUUUACUUCAAUCUAGUUGAAUAAACAAUGCUUAACGAGACGACUCAUUAGCGGAUAUCAGUAUU